UGUGUUCAGUUUUCCGCAGUUUUCUUGCAGAUCAAUUUCGCAAUAGACUAUAUUUCGCAAUAGGGAAUAGGUAUUUAAAGAGAGAGAACAAUGAAAGAAAUUAUUAACGUUCAAGUUGGACAAUGUGGAAACCAGAUUGGAGCCAAAUUCUGGGAAUACAUAUCGGAAGAGCACGGUCUUCAAACUGACGGGACAUACAAAGGAGAUAAUGGUUCCCAGCUUGAACGUAUAACUUCCUAUUAUAAGGAGAUGGAAGGUCGAAAGUAUGUUCCUCGUGCGAUUUUGGUAGAUCUUGAUCCCGAAUCCAUCAAUUAUGUCCGUUCUACACAAUAUGGAAAGCUGUUUGAUCCGGAAAAUGCGGUCAGUGGAGAAAGUGGAGCUGGAAAUAAUUGGUCAAGGGGAUAUUACGAGCAGGGAGCUGAAAUCGUUGAUAAGGUUCUUAGCGUAAUCCGCCGAGAAGCAGAAGCUGCUGACAGUCUGGAAGGAUUUCAACUUAUUCACUCAUUGGGUGGAGGUACUGGAUCUGGAUUAGGAUCUCUACUCAUCUCAAAGCUCCGAGAAGAGUAUUCUGAUAAAACCCUGAGCACGUGCUCAAUCAUUCCAUCUGCUAAAGUUUCGGAUACGGUUGUCGAGCCAUAUAAUGCAAUUCUCUCCAUGCCCCAUCUCAUGGAUAAUUGUGACGAGAACUUCUGCAUCGAUAAUGAAGCAAUCUUCGACAUCUGUCAAUACAAUCUCAAACUUGAAAAUCGCGUAACAUACGGUGAUUUGAAUCAUCUUGCGUCUCUUGCAUUAUCUGGAAUAACAACUUUCCAAAGAUUCAAAGGAAAUCUGAAAACGGAUAUUCGCAAGCUCAACACUGCAGGUUCACCUCGCCUUCAUUUCUUCAUGACUUCAUUCGCUCCAGUAUAUGGAAAAGGAAUUAUAGAUUGUCAGGCAUUCAGUAUUUCUGAUCUUACCCAACAAGUUCUCGAUGCCAAGAAUAUAAUGACUUGUAACCAUAAUCAGGGAAAAUUCUUGUCUUCUGCUAUUAUUUACCGUGGUCAACAGACUGAGAAGAAGGAUGCUGAACAAAUCAUCAGUGUGGAAAAUGAAGAUCCAUCUGAAAUGAUUGAGUCUUUACCAAAGAGCACAAAUACCGAUGUCUGUGAUAUUCCAUCGAGAGGACUCAAGACAUCUGCUACUUUCAUUGCAAACUCCACUGCAAUCCAGGAACCACUCAAACGUAUUUCUAAGCAGUUUGCAGGCCUGUUCCGUCGCAAAGCAUUCCUUCAUUGGUACACGAUGGAAGAGUCGGAGUUCACUGACGCCGAGAACAAAGUGAAUGAUCUUAUCUCGGAGUUCCAACAAUAUGAGAAAGUUCAUUCAGCCUAACUUCUCCGUGUUGAGAUUUCAGUUUGAUAUCGAAAAAAUUUUCUUAAAUGAUUACCAAAUAUAGUGGGAAACCACAUCAGAUAAUGAACAAUAUUAUACGUUGAAUU